CUGAAUUCAUAUUAAUAACUCUUUCCUUCUAAUUUUUCAAAAAAUUAAUUAAAUGUCAAUAUCAUCAUCAAAUUCGCAUACUCCAAUACCAUAAAGAAAACCAUGGACCACCUAGGAGGAUGAACUGUUGACUGAACUUAGGAAAAACAACAAUUUAGAUUGGAUUGAGGUGGCAAGAAGAAUUGAUGGAAGAAAUCCAUCACAAUGUGCUUAGAGAUGGAAAAGAAUCAAAGGGUUCAAGCUGAGAAAGCAAUGGACUGAAGAAGAAAAUCAAAAACUUAUCGACUUAGUUUCUAAAUUUGGUUAUCAUUGGAGUAAAAUUAGUUCUUUCCUUCCAUAAAGAACUGGAAAGUAGAUUAGAGAACAUUAUCUUAACUAACUACAUCCAGAUAUUAAUAAUGAACCAUGGACUAAGGAAGAAGAUGAAAUAGUAGUAGAAUUUUACAAAAAAGUUGGUGGUAAAUGGAGUCAGAUUAGCAAACAUUUGAAUAAAAGAUCAGAAAAUAGCAUCAAAAAUCGAUUCUACUCCUACUUGAGAAACAAAUAUCUUAAUAUCAAAAACCCAUAUUACAUUGUACCAGAAAAAAAAUAAAAAUUAAACGAAUUCCAUGAUUCCCAACAAAAAUUAGAAAAAUAAAUGAAUAAUCAACUGAUAUAAGAAGCUUAAUUUUAACCCAAUUAUCAACAGAUUCCUAAAGAAUAAAAUAUGCAAUUAUUUAUGCCAUAUUAUCCAAAUUAGUUCGUCUAAUAUUCUAUGGCUUAUCCUUGCGCUAUGUUCGUGCCAAUCUAUGUGUAUUAAUAGCAAGAAUCCUAAGUAAAUUAGGUCAUGCGAUUUUGAUUAUUAAUUUUACAUUAUCGAG